AGCAAACCCAGCGGACACAAAUUCUUCACAGAUUACAGAAAAUAAAUAGAAAAGCCCAAUAACCAAUGAUCCUUGGGAGACAAAAUAUGCUCAGUUCCACUCAAAUCAUUUGCCCAUUCACGCAAAUCUUUUCCCACAACACAACACCUAAUAAUGAUCAUCAAUUAUAUACACACAAGGGCCAAAAUUAAAUGUCCGCAUCUUUGGAAAAGAAAAAGAAAAAGGGAACAAUCUUCGGCAGCAGCAUCUGGUAACAGUAGUUUCCUUUGCUAUAUAAAGGGGAGGAACGCAGGAGUCUGAUGGCAAGCAGCAAGCUAACCGAGCGAGGGAGCUCUGAGCUAGCUAGCAACGCGUAGCAACUCGGCCGGCUAGUAGCUUGGAUCGCCAUGAACAUGGGCGGCAGGACCCCGGCGGCGGCGACGACGACGAUCCGGUGCAAGUACUGCAGCGCGUGCCUCACCGUGUGCCCCGGCGAGCGCGCCGUCCAGUGCACGCAAUGCUGCGGCGUCACGCGCAUCCGGCGGUCCUUGUCCUCGCGGAUCCCGCUGCCGCCGGCGAUGACGAGGCCGGCGGCGCCCAUGGGCGCCUUCCCGUGCUCCCGCGGCAAGAAGCGCGCCGUCCUGAUCGGCAUCUCGUACGCCAGCGUGCGCCGGGGCUGCGGCCAGCUGAGGGGACCCAUCAACGACGUCAAGUGCAUGAGGCAGCUCCUCUGCCAGCGCUUCGCCUUCCCCAGCGACUCCAUCAUCAUGCUCACUGAUGAGCAGAAGGACCCGUUGAGGCUGCCGACCAAGGACAACAUCCGGAUGGCGAUGCGAUGGCUGGUGCAGGGGUGCAGCAGCGGCGACUCCCUGGUGUUCCAUUUCUCCGGGCGAGGCUCGCAGGUCGCCGACGAGGACUGCGACGAGCUGGACGGGUACGACGAGGCCAUCUGCCCGCUGGACUCGUUCGACAAGGGCCCCAUCCUGGACGACGAGAUCAACGAGACCAUCGUCCGCCCGCUGGUGUACGGCGCCAAGCUCCACGCCGUCGUCGACGCCUGCCACAGCGCCACCGUCCUCGACCUCCCCUUCCUCUGCAACAUGUCCAGGACCGGGAACUGGCAGUGGGAGGAUCACCGUCCCCCGUCGGGCGUCUGCAAGGGCACCAGCGGCGGCCAGGCGGUGCUCAUCAGCGGCUACAGCGACGGCAAAACCAAGUUCAGCGUGACGCCGGAGGCCUGCGCGACGGUGGGGGCCAUGACGCACAGCUUCCUCAAGGCGGUGGAGUGCGAGCAGCAGGGGGUCACCUACGGCCGCCUGCUCACCUCCAUGAAAGCCUUCAUGACCAACGCCGGCGGCUGCAACCAGCUGCAGGGUCCUAUCUGCGCGGGCGUGCCCGCCCGCAAGGUCGCCAACUUCAGCGGCGUGCAGGAACCUAACCUGUCCUGCUCGGAGAUGUUCGACGUCUAUCGCAAGCCCUUUGCGCUGUAAACUGCCGUCUCUCCUCUGGCUUUGCCAUUGCAGACUACAUACUGCUGCCGUCUGGACUCUAUAAAAUGCCUUGUCGUCGGAACUCGGAACAAUAAACCAGACGGGUUUAAGCAUGACAUAUGCUUGCUAAUGAUGUGUGUCUAAUUGUCUAUGUGUCAAUAAUGUGUGUCUGUCUAUGUGUCACCGCCGUGAGGCAAGCUCAUAGCUUGUGGAGGACCCAAUGUUGAUCAUAUCGUCCAUGGCUCCCGAGCCUAGUACUGUACCUUAUGGCGGCCCAUUGUAAUAAUAAGGCUAUUGUUUCUCUUUUACAUGACUCUAAAAUGAACUAAGUGUUAUGGUGGUA